AACUACAACAAUAUCAACAGCAACAACAGCAACAGCAGCAGCAGCAGCAGCAGCAGGUUGGUAAACAUCAGCCAAACGGGGCGGUGCUGACGGGCAUGCAGCCCCACUAUAUACGUGGUCCACGCCCACCGAUGCGUACUGCCUCCUCAUCGACAACGACCACCACCAACAGCAGCAUCAACUCUGGCAUGGGUGCAACCGGGCCCGGUGGCAAUAUGCUGCUCGAUCAGACGCCAUCGGGCGGCAGCAGCAGCAGCGGAGUCAGCAGUGCGCCCAGCUCCUCCAAGGGGCACAUACACGCCCACUCGCAUGGCCACAUGUCGAGCGCCCACGGCGAGAGCUUAGCCAUGAGCUCCACAUUGUCGGCGUCCCAGCAGCAACAACAGCAGCAGCAGCAGCAGCAGCAAGUGCCACAGGCAGCCAUCGACGAGAUGCGCGUCUGAUAGGUGUCGGUCUUUGAGUUGGACUUAUAGUCAUCAACGGGGUCCAUAGAGACUUUACGUGUCGAAACGCCUGAGGAGUUCUAUGCCCUCAAAGAGGCGCAAAAACUGAACGGCCCCGAUGACAGCCAAC